AGCCCAGAAGCUACACAAUCUCACAUUCCCACGACUGUCACUCAAUAAUUCCGAUCAGCUAAGAAAUCAAUAUUCCCGAUUCAGAUUGAGAGAACAAAACCAUGCAUCCCAACAGAAACGGUAGACCCUCAUCUUCGUCUUCGUCAACUACAACCUCUUCUUCGUCUUGCUCACAGCCAUGUCUCCCCAAGCGAAUAAUCCUAAUGCGCCACGCCGAAUCCCAAGGCAAUCUCGACAUGGCCGCCUACACCACCACCCCGGACUACAAAAUCCCCCUCACCGAACAGGGCCUGGCCCAGGCCCAGCUCGCCGGGGCCCACCUCCGCCGCGUCGUCGGGGACAACAACGAGUGGCGCGUCUACUUCUACGUCUCCCCCUACGAGCGCACCCGCUCCACGCUCUCCCAGAUCGGACGGUCCUUCUCCCGGACACGUGUGAUCGGGGUGAGGGAGGAGUGCCGGAUAAGGGAGCAGGAUUUCGGGAACUUUCAGGUGCAGGAGAGAAUGACGGCGAUUAAGGAGACCCGGGAGAAGUUCGGCAGAUUCUUUUACCGGUUUCCGGAGGGGGAGUCCGCCGCAGAUGUCUACGAUCGUGUUUCGAGUUUUCUUGAAUCUUUAUGGAGGGACAUAGACAUGAACAGGCUUCGCCACAACCCUUGCCAUGACCUCAAUCUUGUAAUUGUAUCACACGGGUUAACGUCGCGUGUCUUCCUCAUGAAGUGGUUCAAGUGGUCUGUAGAGCAAUAUGAGCACUUGAACAAUUUUGGAAACUGUGAAUUUCGAGUGAUGCAAUUAGGAGCUGGCGGAGAAUAUAGCUUAGCAGUCCAUCACACUGAGGAAGAGCUAACAGAAUGGGGUCUUUCACCUGAAAUGAUAGCUGAUCAAAAGUGGCGAGCCCAUGCGGGCAAGGCUUGGACAGACCGUUGCCCGUGGUACCUUGAUUCAUUUUUUGACAAGCUAGCUGACUCUGAUGACACAGACAAUGAUGACAUUUGGCACGAAACUGAUGACAAAGUUCAGCAAUCAAAUGAUUAUGCAAGUCAUGAAGUAGAUUGAUUCUUUUUAGCAUAUGAACGUAGGCUGUCUAGCAAUUGGGUUGGGAAACAUUUUGAUCUGUUUUGUACUUGAUUGUUGCGUACUUGCAUGUUCAUAGUCUGUCCUGAGGUUUUGAAAAUAGAGAUUAACACAUUGGUUGUUCAAAAUUCUCUCAGCAUGGCAAAGUACUCGGGCUUUUGUUAUUAUUGUUAUCAGAUCUCUGAUGUCUGAAGAUCAGUAUACAGAACAGUUAUGCUUCCGCAGUUCUUGUA